CUCACGCAUGCGCUCUAGUCCUUUUGCGAUUCUUUUUCCAGCGCCGCUGAGAAGACGGCCUGUCGCGUGUGUAGGCCCCGCAGCUGAUUUGUGAGCACUGAACAGCUGCCAACAUGUCCCGUUUCUUUGCCACCGGCUCAGACAGCGAGUCGGAGUCAUCUCUGUCAGGAGAUGAGAUCCUGGCGAAGCCAGUGGGAGGAGGCACUUUUGGAAAGCAGCCGCUGCUCCUUAGUGAUGAUGAAGAGGACACCAAGCGAGUAGUGCGUAGUGCAAAGGACAAAAGGUUUGAGGAGCUGACCAACAUCAUUAAGACCAUUCGGAAUGCCAUGAAGAUCCGAGACAUGUCCAAGUGUCUGGAGGAGUUUGAGUUGCUAGUCAAGGCUUACCUCAAGGCCAAAAACAUUGUAGAUAAGGAGGGCGUCCCACGUUUUUACAUCAGAGUGCUGUCUGACCUGGACGACUAUCUGACUGAGCUCUGGGAGGACAAAGAGGGAAAGAAAAAAAUGAAUAAGAACAACGCUAAAGCCCUAAGUACUUUGCGGCAAAAAUUGCGAAAAUACAACCGUGAUUUUGAGGCAUCUAUCACUGCAUACAAACAGAACCCAGAGGAGUCAGCGGAUGAAGACCAAGAAAAGGAUGAUGAUGAUUCUGAAGUUUCAUCAUCCAGUGAUGACGAACAGGAUGAAGGAAUGAGCGCCAGCAAGUUCUUAAAGAAAGUAGAAUCCGCUCCACCAGACGCACGAAACAAGUUCCUAAAGAAAACAGAGGAGGCAGAAGACGAGGACGAAUCUUCUGAAGAUGAAGACUGGGGUUCGGACUCGGAUGAUUCAGACUCUGAAUCUGAGGAUGAUGAUGGCAAAUACACAUCGCUGGCAUCUAAAUUCUUAAAGAAGGCUGUUAAUGAGGGAGAUCGUGAAGAGGCUACGAAGAAGAAAGAAGUCAAGAUAAAGAGAAAGCAACAUCGUAAAGUGAAAAGGCAAGAGGAAGAGGGAGAGGAAGGAGAGGAGGAUGAAAAUGAGGCUGGAGAAUGGGAGAAAGUCAAAGGAGGAGUCCCAUUGGUUAAGGAAAAGCCCAAGAUGUUUGCUAAAGGCACUGAGAUCACUCCAACCAUUGUGGUCAAGAAGCUGCAUGAGAUCCUACAAGCUCGAGGGAAGAAGGGCACAGACAGGGCAGCUCAAAUUGAACUGCUUCACCUGCUGGUUGGAAUCACAGAAGAACACAACCUGGGCAAGGCUAUUUCUGUGAAGAUCAAGUUCAACAUUGUUGCUUCUUUGUACGAUUAUAAUCCCAACCUUGCUGCGUUCAUGAAGGCUGACAUGUGGAAGAAGUGUCUGGAAUGUCUCCACGACUUACUGGACAUCCUGUUUGACCACCCCAACAUGUUUAUUGGAGAGAACAUUGCUGAGGACUCGGAGAAUCUGAUAAACCUUGAGCAGCCCCUGCGUGUCCGUGGCUGUAUUCUCACACUGGUUGAAAGGAUGGACGAGGAGUUUACCAAAAUCAUGCAGAACACAGAUCCUCACUCCCAGGAGUAUGUGGAUAACUUGAAGGACGAGGCUCGUGUGUGCGAGGUGAUUCAGCGAGUACAGAAGUAUCUGGAGGAUAAGGGCAACACAGACGAGAUCUGCAGGGUGUAUCUCCGGAGGAUCAUGCAUACCUACUACAAGUUUGACUACAAAGCUCACCAGAAGCAGCUCAGCACCGGGCAGGAGUCUAAGUCUGAGCAGGACCAAGCAGAGAAUGAAGCAGAGGACAGUGCGUUACUGAUGGACCGGCUGUGUAAAUAUAUAUAUGCCAAGGACCGGACUGACAGAAUCAGGACCUGUGCCAUCCUGUGUCACAUUUACCACCAUGCUCUGCACAACCGCUGGUUCCAGGCCAGGGACCUCAUGCUUAUGUCUCAUCUGCAGGACAACAUUCAGCAUGCAGACCCCCCAGUGCAGAUCUUGUAUAACCGUACCAUGGUGCAGCUAGGUAUCUGUGCCUUCAGACAGGGAAUGAUCAGAGAUGCCCAUAAUGCGUUGCUUGACAUCCAGUCGAGCGGCAGAGCCAAGGAGCUGCUGGGUCAGGGUUUGCUGAUGAGGACCAUGCAGGAGAGGAACCAGGAGCAGGAGAAGAUAGAAAAGAGGCGACAGAUCCCAUUCCACAUGCACAUAAACCUGGAACUGCUAGAAUGUGUAUACCUGGUGUCUGCCAUGCUGCUUGAGAUCCCCUAUAUGGCGGCACAUGAGUUUGAUGCCAGAAGGAGAAUGAUUAGCAAGCAGUUCCAUCACCAGCUGCGUGUGGGCGAGAGGCAACCUUUGCUGGGUCCCCCCGAGAGCAUGAGAGAGCACGUAGUCGCUGCCUCCAAAGCGAUGAAGAUGGGAGACUGGAAGACAUGUAAAAACUUCAUAAUCAACGAGAAGAUGAAUGGCAAAGUGUGGGAUCUUUUCCCAGAGGCUGAGCGAGUGCGGAACAUGCUGAUCAGGAAGAUCCAGGAGGAAUCUCUGCGCACUUACCUCUUUACGUACAGCAGCGUCUAUGACUCUAUCCGAAUGGGUAUUUUAAGUGAAAUGUUCACACUGGAGAUUCCAAUGGUGCACAGCAUCAUUAGCAAGAUGAUUAUUAAUGAGGAACUCAUGGCCUCCUUAGACCAACCUUCCCAGACAGUGGUGAUGCACGGAACUGAACCCAGCUCGCUACAGAACACUGCUCUGCAGCUGGCCGAGAAACUGGGUAACUUGGUGGAGAACAACGAGAGAAUAUUUGAUCACAAGCAAGGAAGCUAUGGCGGCUACUUCAACAGAGACCAGAAGGACACCUACCAGAAGAGGGAGGGAGGUUACAUGAGGAGAGGAUACAGGCGAGACCAGCAGAACCAGAGCAACUACUGAACACUGCGUUUGUGAUGAUCGCUUGCGGCUUUCAGUACAUUCGUGACCGCUCUUUUACCCCCAGACUAAAUAUUCAUUUCAUAAUAAACUUAAUAUUGCUGAGCUACAA